UCGUUUAGCUCGACACCACCGCGCAACCCCUGAAAACAACGAAGCUCCAUGAUCCGCAUACGUCGUCGCGGUUGAAAUGAAGUAACGAAUGAAUAAAUAAACAAAAAUGUAAAUGGGGGACUGAGAGCAUCAGGGGAUUCGAGGUUUCAUAAAUUUUUGGUAAACGAGUGAAUAAUAAGUUUUUAUACCAACGUUGAAACAAAAGUUUUCGGAUAUUAAAAACCAAAUCGGCGAUAGUCCGAUGUACGCAGUUUGCGAAACCGAACGACCGUGGGAUUGCAAAGUCCAGUUUGUCGUUGCAGUGCAUUCCAGAUCGAUGACUCAAGGGCAUGACGAAAGCGGGAUAAAAACCUACGAAGGAAAGUUUCAACAGAGUGUAAUGUUUGUUUAAACACAACUUCGAAUCACUCCUGAAAUCAUUGAAAGCUUUGCAACGAAUGUAAAGACUUUCGUCACCGAAAAUUUCAAUAUUAUCGAAUAAUAUUGGAGAAGAAGGAGUAGAAAAACCAGCGAUGGCUUGCGAAAAAUCGGAGAAGGAGGUCGAAGCACCGCCCGACAAGGUGGACAAUUAUAUUCGCCACCUUCCCCGGCCCCUCACGACCGACGAAAAAAAGUAUCUUCUAGCGGUCGAGCGUGGUGACUUGGCAAACGUCAGGACUAUUCUGCAGAUAGCCAGCAAGCCGAAUCCUCGUGUCAGACCGUUGGAUGUGAAUUGCGUCGACAGCCUCGGCCGGGGUGCCCUGACCUUGGCAAUCGAAUCGGAGAACCUAGAAAUGCUCGAGCUCCUCGUUGUGAUGGGGGUUGAAACCAGGGACGCUCUGCUGUACGCGAUUGACGAGGAAUUCGUCGAGGCUGUAGAGCUGUUACUGGAACACGAGGAACUCCUGAGACGAACGGAAGUCGAGGGGCCUGAUCCUCCCAAGGACGUCAUCCAUAGCUGGCAAAAAAUCGAUCCGGCAUCCGCGAGGUAUCCGGCGGAAAUGACGCCUCUCGUACUCGCUGCUCAGCGGAACAACUACGAAAUUCUCAAACUGCUGCUCGACCGUGGCGCCACUUUGCCGAUGCCUCAUGACAUCAGAUGCGGAUGCACCGAUUGUCUCAAAUCUGCCACAGGCGAUCCUUUGAGGCUUUCCUCGACGAGAAUCUCCGAGUACAAAGCGCUCGCGAGUCCGAGUCUCAUCGCUCUCAGCUCUCCGGAUCCGCUCAUGACUGCUUUUCAACUCAGCUGGGAGUUGCGACAAUUGGUCGUCUCCGAACCGGAAAGCAGGGCGGAGUAUUUGAAACUGAGAAGACAAGUGGAAAAGUUCGCGGUAGAUCUGCUCCAGCAGGCCCAGAGCACAGCGGAAUUGAACACGAUCCUGAACCACGAUCCGCAAGACGAGGCAGCCGAAUCAACGAAAAUACUCGCCCGACUCGAACUCGCGAUUCAAUACAAGCAAAAAAAAUUCGUCGCGCACUCUCACGUUCAGCAAUUACUUGCGGCUAUUUGGUACGAAGGUGUUCCGGGUUUCCGGAGAAUGACGAAUGGCCAAAGAGCUUUGAUCCUCCUGAAGACAGCACUUUUGUUUCCUUUCUAUUGCAUGGUUUACUUUUUCGCACCCGAGUCCAAAACCGGCCAGCUCCUCCGACGACCGUUCAUGAAGUUUCUCGUCCACGCUUCCUCCUAUUUAUUCUUUCUCCUGAUUCUGAUGCUCGUAUCUCAACGCGCUGAGGUCGAAGUCAUCAGACUGUUCGGGAGCGAGUACGCGGUACGAGAGCUCGAGGAAGAUUUGAUGAAGCAAAGGGGAGCGAAACCGACGCCUUUGGAAUACGUUGUUCUCCUCUACGUAUUAGGAUUCAUUUGGCAAGAAAUGAAAGAGGUUUAUAUGGACGGUCUUAAGGCUUAUCUCCGCGAUAUGUGGAACUUCAUCGAUUUCACGAGAAACUCGUUGUACGUUGCGACCAUAAUACUCCGGGUUGCGGCCUACGUGCAACAGAGUGCUGAGAUCCGAGUGGAUUCCUCGGCUGCUCUCGUUCCCAGGGAAAGAUGGGGCGACUUCGAUCCUCAAUUAAUAGCCGAGGGAUUAUUCGCUGCGGCGAACGUAUUCAGUGCUCUCAAACUCGUGCAUUUGUUCAGCAUCAAUCCCCACUUAGGGCCUCUCCAGAUCUCCUUGGGACGCAUGGUCAUCGACAUCGUGAAAUUCUUCUUCAUUUACACUCUGGUACUCUUCGCGUUCGCUUGCGGCCUCAAUCAGCUAUUGUGGUACUUUGCUGAGCUCGAAAAAAGAAAAUGUUACUACGAUAUCGCCGAUCCAUCCUGGGACGCUGCGAGCGACGCCUGCAUCAGGUGGCGCAGAUUCAGCAACCUCUUCGAGUCCUGCCAGAGCUUGUUCUGGGCCAGCUUCGGCGGAGUUGGAAUCGACAGCUUCGAAUUAACUGGCAUCAAAUCCUACACUCGGUUCUGGGGACUGCUCAUGUUUGGCUCCUAUUCCGUCAUCAAUGUUAUCGUACUUUUGAACCUUCUGAUCGCUAUGAUGAGCAACAGCUACGCAGUCAUCGAGGAACACUCGGACACCGAAUGGAAAUUUGCGAGAACGAAAUUGUGGAUGAGCUUCUUCGAGGAGAGCGGCACGCUGCCGCCUCCCUUCAAUAUAUUCCCGCCCCCAAAGCUCUUCUUCCGGAUUAUUGGUAUCCAGAAAAAAACGGUGUGCAGACGUAACAGCUCGAGACGACGGGCUCGUGAGCACAAGUACGGAUCGGUCAUGAGAGCUCUCGUUUGGCGAUACGUCGUUCAUGCCCAUUCGCAACACGAGCUUGAGCCCGUCACCGAGGACGAUGUCCAUGAAUUGAAGAGCGACAUUUCGUCAUGGCGUUGCGAAUUGUUAGAUAUUUUACGCAGAAAUGGAAUGGACAUAAGUGGGGCUUCUACCAAAGAAAAAACGAUACUGGGAAAGAAAAUGCGAGUUUGGGAGAGGCAGUUGAUGAAAGAUUUCCAAGUUGCUGGUCCCCUGGGCGAGGACGAGGGCGGGAGCGACGCGGAUGUUCAGGAGGAUUUGACUCAACCUCCGGAGGGUGAAGAAAGCGCAGCGAGGUGGCGAAGAGUCGCGAGACUCGCGGUUUUGAAGUCUGCUGAACGUCGAUGGGGCCAGGUUAUAAGCAGUGCGGUCCAAAGUUCUCAAAUCGGUCGCAGCAACAGCCGCGCGUCGUUGCAGAGUCAAUUGAGUUUGAAAAAAGCGAUGGAAGAGGCACGAGCUCUGCGCUCAAAGUCUCCGAUGAGACCGAUAAAGCCGAUAGAAUUGCCACAGCAAUCAGGGGCUCCGAAUAUUCUUCACAUAUUGAAGGACAUCGACGAAAUAGAGAAUACACCGAAAUUUGACAGCACACCGACACGAGAUUUAUCACCGAAUCGAGCGGAUUCGAAUAACAGAACGGAAAGUAUGGUCGCCGCGAUGGGAUACGAAGAUGAGAAAAACAAAAGAAAUACGGAGCCGUUGAUAUCAAUAAGAACGUCGCCACCUCGCGUGAUCAAAAGAAAAGCUCCGAACUCUGGAAGCUCCAAUCAAAACUCCGCUACUCAAUCGUCACUCGGUAAUUCUACUUUGUUGACCGUUGAUACGAAAACCCGUCAGAGUCAUUGCAACAGCUCGCCGGUGACGAACAAGGGCGCCACUGUCAACAACAACAAAACUAACAACCCUUCCGGCGUGCCCAGUUCUCCACCCAAACGUUAUCCUCAAACUUCCAACGGAUCGCCCAGAAAACAUGAUAAUGAUAAAAACAAAAAUCGUGACACAUCCGCUGAUCGUUUAAAUCCAGCAUCCAACAGCCAAUUACGUUCCAUGUCGCCGGACCCUCAGGAUAUCGUUAGACCGAGACCCAGGGCCUCUGGAAGCCCGAGCCCGAAAGUCAACAACAGAACCAACUGCAUACCCGACGUUGCUCUUAUUCCAAGUACACCUGAUCAGAAAUCCUCUAAUAACGAAAAAUUCAUCAAAAUCGAACCCAAAUCGCCUAGACCGAAUGGAUCGAGGUCACCGAGACGUAGAGGUGGUUGGCUUUGAACUUUCCUUUCAGCAGUUUAAAGCACUUCACUUUUAUGUACAACUUAGCCAAUGCAGUCUGAACCCUUACGGUACGAAGAAAAUAAAUCUUCUAUUGCUUUCUAUGCAAAAUUUGAAAAACGAGAAAUAUUUUGAAAUUCAUCAAUUUUUUUAUGAACAAUUUAAAUUCAGCGGUUAUUUUUUUGUUAUUUUGGUAUUUUGCAGGCAAGUUUUAAUGCUUUGAAAAUUGACGAUUUUUUUCAAACGUCCAUAACAUCCAUUCGAGUGAUAUCUUACAAAUUGUUUGAUCUAAAAGAAAACGCUAAUGUAGCUGAAAAACUAGACAUUCUCUGGAAGCAAGAUUGGAUUAUUUUGACCGACAAAAAGUAAAAGUGUACCGUAAGGUUGAAGUCUAAUUUUGGAAGGUACAACUGUCAAAUGAAAAUGUGGAUUGACGUUUUGAAACUUAGAAUUUGUGAUUUUUAAUAAUGAUACGAUGAUAUCUAAGCAUUAUUUUGAUAAGGUUUCAACUGAUCAUCCAAUGAAAAUUGUGUUGUCAAAAGUCUUUGCAGUUAGUCUAGUAUUUAAGAGAAUGAUUCAGUCGCUCUACCUCACUGACACGAGUGCGAGGAGAAAGUUACAUUAGACGAGGAGAUUACAAAAAGGCUCUGUCAGGAAACGUUCAAUUCCGAAAAUUUAAGAUGGUGUCAAGAGACUUAUUCAUACUCUUAAUAGAUGGAAAAAAAUUUCACAAUGAUAUCAAGUUUUUAAUAGAAAUAAGAACACCCAAAAGUUUUUAACUGAUGAAUGCUUGGAUCGAAUGGUGACCUCGAAUAAAUUCAAAUGAUUGAACGUUGAUAGAGAAAAUUCCGUCUCCAUUUUUUUUCCCUGAAUAUUGUGACAUUCCAUGAAAAGAGAAAAGACAAUCGGUGAUCGAUGUUGGACAAAAAAACUCGGAAGCUGUGUGUUUAACAUUUUACCUUUAGCAUCUCGAAUCUUUGAACCCUUCCCACCCAUUUGAUGACUAAUCAAUUAAUUUCUUUUAUACCUCAAUUCAUUACGAUUGAGAAUAAAGAACUACGGUGGAAUGACUAUACAUA